AAAGAAAAAAUCAGUGGUGACGGUUAUUUAUAACUCACGGUCCUCGCUAGUUGCGCCAGCCAUCGCCGUGCCUAGCAAUGCUAGACGACAUGGUAGCAGCUCAUGAUCCAACUUUCCUCUAGAAUCAUCAAGGCCCUCUCUCUAUCCCUUUCCCUCUCUACCUGCAGAAAGGAUUGCCAAAAAAAGAUGGCCGAAGAAGAAGAAGUGCUGAUAGAAGUGGAAGCGGUGCAAGCGGUGUACGGAGACGAUUGUGUGGUUCUAGAUUCUUUCCCUCCCCAUCUUCACGUUCACAUCAAGCCACGAACCGCCGAUAUCUCUUCCCAACAGUUUGUGGAAGCAGUUAUUGGGAUACGAGCAGGUUCCCAGUAUCCAAAGGAGCCACCCAGUAUUGAUCUUAUAGAAUCCAAGGGGCUUGAUGAACAAAGGCAGAAGCAUCUAAUAAAAAGCAUACAAGACAAAGCAUGUGAACUCUUCUCAUGUUUGAUGAUUGUAGCACUUUGCGAGGAAGCAGUGGAGAAGCUCUCUAUUAUGAAUCACCCAGAUGGCAAUUGUCCAUUGUGUUUGUACCCUUUGCUCCUAGAAGACGAAGAGAAUGAAUCCUUACCAUUUAUGAAGCUGAUGUCUUGUUUCCAUUGCUUUCACUGUGAAUGCAUCAUGAAUUGGUGGAAUUGGAUCCAAAAAGAGAAAGAAAGCAACAUUAACAUCUCAUCUACCACAUCUCUGCAUUCCAUCAGAGACAGGGGAAAUCAGAAUGACAUUCACAUUCAUGGCUUAGAGGAAGAAAGUAUGGGGGACUGUCCAGUUUGCCGCAAGGUUUUUCAUACCAAGGAUUUUGAACAUGUGCGCAGCUUGGUUGGAACGAAUUUCUCUGAAUUGAGCUCUGACAGAACGGAAAUUGAAGAUGUGAAACUACUCCAGUCUGAUUCAGAGAAGAUUAGAAAACAGAAAUUUGAGGCCAUACUAAAACUGCAGCAAGAAAAUAGUGGCAUAAUUGAACCAAAAAGAGAUCUAGUUGUUUUGCCUGGUAUGUAUCUUCCUCGGCCAGUAACAUUGCCAACCCAGGCGUUGAAUAAAGAAACCACGGAAGAACAGCAAAGAGACUCAACAGCAUCCAUGGAAACAAAUUCUGGGGGUUCUUCAAAUAGACCGAGCUCCGGUAAGCACAGGAACUUUGGCAGGAGGAAGCAGAGAAUACAAAAUUCAAGAAAACAAGUUAGACAGUGGGUCAGAAAAGAUGAUGGGCCUGCAAAUUAACUAUAUGGUGUAGCAAUCUUCGAGGGGUGUUUUUUUUUUUUUUUCACAAUAAAUUAUUUUAUGUUAAAAUUCGAAAGUCAAUGCGAGAGGAAGGGUUGCAAGUUGCGACAAGCUUGGAUUGCAGUCUAUUUUACCUGAUCUGAGCCCACUGUGUCUCUUAGUUUUUGAGAUGUGAUUGCCCAUAUAUUCUUUAUACUAUGCAAUUGCGUAGGAAUGUGAUUGUGGAGCAUAAUGACGGAAAUUGGCUUCAUCCAUCGACGGAUUUUUGUUAAAAGAUUAUUCUUCUUUUGUUCGA